ACAAAAAGGUUUUUAAUCGCAUGUCAAAAAACUCAUAUCCAAAGUCUACUUAAUAUGUCUGAAGAAAAAAUUACAUUAAAUAUUGGAGGCAUAAAGUAUGAAACUUUUCGCUCAACACUCACUGCUCAGCCAGAGACAUUACUUGGAUCAAUGUUUCGAGAUCAAAUUAAAAAUUCAGUUAAUGAAGACGAAUAUUUUUUUGACCGUAAUGGCAAAGCUUUUUACUAUAUAAUGGAAUUUUAUCGAACCGGAAAGCUUUUAUGGUCCACUGAAGCUAAAGAGUCACAAGUCACUUAUCAACAGCUUAAAGAAGAACUCGAUUAUUUUCAAAUUAAUAGAUCGAAAGUAUUUUCUUCAUUAGUAUUGGAAACUGCUAAAAGUACAAUUGAUCGAUUCAUUUCAAGCCUUGAAGAAUUAAUAAUUAGUCAAUACAUAAACUUUGACAGUAAAAUCACUUUAUCAGUUAGUAACAAUGAAUUAUCACUUGUUAACGAGUAUUCCAAUUAUGUAAAUUGUUGCCUUAGCCAAUUUAAAGAAUGUGCUUUUGAAAUCCUGGAGAAUAUGGAAAACCAGAUUGAAAAGCAUUUAGUCGAAACUUUUUCUGAAUUGGAACUGAAAUGGAAAUGUCAAAGAAUGUAUAGUUAUUAUUCUUCUGAAAAUCCAUUCUUUGAGAUCGAUAUCACUUUUUCCUCUCCAGUUAAAAAACUGCUAAACUCUGAGGACACUCGAGCCCACAUUUCAUUUACCAAAGUCCCAAUCAAUACACCAGUAGAGAAGAUUAUUUUAAAUGUUGGAGGCAAAAAGUAUGAAACCUUUCAAUCAACGCUUGUAUCACGACCAGAAACUUUACUUGGAACGAUGUUUCAAGAUCGGAACAAAUGCAUGAGACAUCCAAUUAAUGGAAAUGAAUAUUUUUUUGAUCGUAAUAGUGAUGCAUUUCAUUAUAUAAUGGAAUUUUAUCGAACUGGAAAACUUACUUGGCCUGUCAAAUCCGAACAAGUUACUCGUAAACAACUUGAGGAAGAACUUGAUUACUUUCAAAUUCCUUUUGAUAAGUCGACAAUACUUUGUUCAUCGGCAUUAGAAACUGUUCGAAAUAAUGUGAAUAACCUUAUUUCGGCCUUUGAAGAAUUGAUCAUUCAAUGUUGUGAUCAUCUUCAAAAAAAUAUUGAUUUAGAAAUUGAUUAUGAUGUUAUUUAUAUACAUAGCAAUAAUGAAAAGAAGCGUUUAUCUAACGUUAAGUUUUUGAAUGCUUGUUCUAUUCUAAGUAGUAUGCAAAAACAAAUUGGGGACCAUUUGACAAAAAGUUUUUCUGAUUUAGGACUAAAUUGGGAAUUUCAUCAAAGGGAUUAUCAUUGGAUUUAUGUUAUUAUUACUCUCUCAUUUAAAAAUGUAUAUAGCAAUUUAAAAUGA